CAGGUAUGGACUACCUUGGCUUCGGAUAUGUCGUUGGAUCGUGUCCUGUUAACAUAACGGGACAAAAUAAAGCAGCUUCCAGGCUGAAAUGCGGUGUCGACAAAUUCGGGAAUAGUCAAUACCUCUGUGUCCCUAAUUUCAGGAAGACAGCCAUUGUGGAAUACUGCUACAACGGCACUGUAGGACUUCAAAUGCCAGGCUCCUGUCUGGUUGUAAAUGAUGAAGGAAUUGUAGAUAUCAUCAGCUGUAGCAGCUUCUCGGAGGGUUGUACCACAUCAAACUUCAAAAGCUCUAAUCUUUAUCAAUAUGAAAGCGAAAACCUCAUCAAUUUAGGAAGUGUUUUAGAGCAAAGGAAAGGAGGACUGGUACAAUUCAGGGAAGGUGCCCUUUUCUCCCAAGACCAAGUAGAAAAAUGA